UCACGAGGGCAUGUUCCCUCGGCUACGCAUGCGUGGAAUGGAGAGAACUGUAAAGGAGCGCCGACCUAGACUCGGAAUUUCUGCAACAAUGCCGCUAUGAAUUCUGCCAGGGAUAAAUUGGAUUCCAUAAACGCGAAGAAUCGAGCCUCGCGAUCAACAGGUGGGUCCGACACCCUCGUGACCGGCUGUCUUCCGGGGAACAGGAAACGACCGGAGGAGACUCGAGAGACGUCGAUAUCCGAGAGGCGAUAUUUUGUAUGUAAUACGGAGGUACGGACGAGGUAUUCCGGGAAGGUGUUCAAUCAACGAUCGUUUAGUGGGUCAUCGACUAUCGAGGCAAUCGUACGCCGACGGUCCCCGCGAGUGCGUGGAUCAUCACCGGUGAUUACAGAGGUACCCACGCGGGUGUUCCUUACGCUGAGGCGUAGAAGGGGGCAAGGAGCGGAGAGAAGAGGAGAGGAGAGGGGGGGAGGGCGUUCCUCCUCCUACCCCUCCUGCCCUCCCUACCCCAUCCACCGGACCCGUGCAGUAAUGAAUUCCACCCUCGAUAUAAACGUAAUGACCACCUCGGGGCCCAGACGUGGGCGCUGGCCGGCAGUUAUGCCUAUACGUGCCUUGAGACGCUGCCCUACAAGGUAG